UUCUGGUUUUGACAAUGGCUGCUUACUCAUUGCGGCAUAUCUUAUGUUGUGUGACGAUCGUGUGGUGUUACCGUUAAUCAUAGCUAGAAUUAAGAAGGAUUGAAUUUCAAAAUGAGUAGUCCUGUCCCCUAUUUGGGGAGCAAAAUUAGUCUAAUUUCAAAGUCUGAGAUCAGAUAUGAAGGAAUAUUAUACACAAUCGAUGCCCAGGAAUCAAUCAUUGCUUUGGCCAAAGUGCGGUCUUUUGGGACCGAAGACCGCCAAACUGAGAUGCCUGUACCCGCACGAGAUGAGGUCUACGAGUACAUAAUCUUCAGAGGCACGGACAUAAAGAAGAUAGAAGUCUGUGAAACUCCUAAGCCUAUGAGUGCAAUACACAAUGAUCCGGCCAUUGUUCAGGCGUCUUCGUUUGGCGGCGUUCGGCCGUCACUGGGGCCAAUUGGAGGUGGUGCGCCGAGCUACAGCUACGGUCAAACCAUGAGCCAGCAGGGCUUGCCUCUGUCUGCCGGCUUCAGUGGUGCUGGAGUGACAGCUGCAGCUCAUUCAGCUGCUGCAGCUGCCACUUCAGGUGUUGGCGUUCCUUCAGGUCCAGCGUCACAAGCUAGCGCUCUAGCUGACGCGAUGGGCGCCUCCCGUUCCCCCACCCCGAGCCAACUGGCAGCCGCCGCGGCGCGCAAGUCGCCCGUGUCGGACGCCAGCGUCCAGGUCAGUCCGCAGGCCUCGAGGGUGCAGCAAGACAACCGACGCAAACCUCAGCAGCAGCAGCAGCAACAACAGCAGCAAAGACAGGAUAGGCCUCCCCGAGAAGGCCAGGGCGGUGGAAUGGGUGGUGGUCGUCGGCAAAUGGGUGGCAGCCAGAGUUACAACCAGGCCUACAAUCAUGGCUACAAUCAAGGGUACAAUCAACCCCAAUUCAGAAACCAGUAUCAAAACCAAUACUAUGGGCGUGGCGGUGGCAUGGGCAUGGGCCGUGGUGCCGCUGGCAGCGGCGCCGGUGGGGGAGGAGGUAUGAAUCUAAACCGCGGAGGGGGAGGGGGAGGACGCAGGCCCCGUGGAGGUCCCGUGGGUCGUGGAGGUCCCGGCGGUCCCGGCAUGUUCAUGAACAAUAAUAGACAGCGCGAAGACAAGCGCAUCUUCGAGAAAGAUUACGACUUCGAGCAAGCCAACACCAGGUUCGAGGAGUUGCGCGUGCAACUGGCUUCAACGAAGAUUUCUAGUCCUGGAGGAGCGUCUCAAGGAGCCGCUGAGAACGGGGACCCUAAUGUUGUAGAGAAAGAGAAGAAAGAAGAUUCUGGCACAGAGACUGGCCCUGGGGACGAAAGUAGCGCUGAAGAUCAGCCAAUUCCCUGCUACGAUAAAACUAAAUCUUUCUUCGAUACCAUUUCGUGUGAAGCCGUCGAACGCAGUCAGGGUCGCAGCCAAAGACCUGACUGGCGUCUGGAGAGGAAGAUAAACCAAGAAACCUUCGGUGUAGCAUCUGCUCGUCGAGGAAACUACUUCGGCCGCGGGCGCGGCAACUACUACAACAGAGGCGGCUUCUACCGAGGAGGCUACAACCAAGGCUAUUACCGUGGCGGUGGAGGUGGUAUGGGUGGCCAAUUCCGUGGGGCCAGAGGUGGCGGCCGCGGUGGCAUCACGGUGAACGCGAACGGCGUCGGCAGAUCAGAGGGUGAAAGCUCGUCGGGACAAGCGGCAGAUUCCUCUGCGGCUCUGUAGUCUCCAGGAACAAAAUGGGCGUCGGCACCGUAUACUUAGAAGUUCUAACUGAAAUUGCAAUCCCUGAAAGAAUUUGAAUAUGUUCUUUACAUUUCCAUUUUGUUUACUGAUAAGUUUCUGUCAGAAACGAUGUAUUCGCUGAACCUUCUUCGUAAAGGUUCUUGAAGUUUUAAUUUUCAUCAUAGCUAGAGAGAAUUGCUGACCGAAUUGAAUAAAAUGCUCCUCAAGAAUUAAUUAAAAUAGAUAAAAAUCUGAGAGGAAUGACGUGAUCGUAAUUAAGAAGGUAUGGCCGGCAGUGAUGCAUGUAUCAAGAUUGAUUUUGAUGUAAGCAGAGAUGAAAUUAGAGAUGGCAAUGGAAUGCGGAGGGAAGACUUAGUGAUGGUCUCAGUUAACAUGGAGCAUGAGAUAGCGAGAGACCGGUCAGUAUUGAAUCAUUUCGGAAUAAUUUCGCAAUUCAAUAAUCAGUUGUUAAAUUUGGCUGUUCACGAAAAUUUGAAGUUUGUUUUGUUCAGUCCACUCGAUGAUACCUACUAAAUUAUAUUUUUACAUUCAAUAAAUCAAAAGAACA